UGUAAUCCUGUAUUGGUUGAUGCAAAAGAUGUAUCUGCUGCACACAGAGCAAGGUAUUUCUGGGGAAAUCUACCCGGGAUGAACAGACCGAGUUUGGCGACUGAAUCCAACAACUCUCUUAAUUUACAGAGUUGUCUUGAGCCGCAUUGUAAUAGACAAGCGCUGUUCAAUAAAGUGAGAACAGUUACCUCUAAAGCUAACUCUAUUAAACAAUGUAAGGAGCAAAUCCUGCCUGUCAAGAUGGGAACAAAGUCUGAUGCUUUGUGGUGUACUGAGAUGGAAAGAUUAUUUGGAUUUCCAGAACACUACACUGAUGUAGGCAAUAUGAGUAGAACAGCACGUCAGAAGUUGUUAGGACAAGCAUGGAGUGUACCUGUUGCUAGGCACUUACUAGCACCCCUUAAGGAAUAUUUUGCCUGUGAUAUGUACAAAUAUGCAAAUUAUUGUACCUAAUUACUCCUGUUACUUGUGCUGUAUUUUCAACAGAUAAAGCCGCUUCUAUAAAAACAUUGUUAUAAAAAGGUUUAUAAUUUUUUACUUGUAAUUUCUUGUUCUUCUAAAAUUGUUAUUUAUGUUUUAUUUUAAAAAGAUUCUAUUUUUU